ACUGGCAGAAGAGAGGAAAGGCAGAGGAAAAAUGGGGGAGGAAUUUGAGAUUUUAGGAGAUUACAUUUUGAGGGAGAAAAUCGGAGAGAGUUUGGUGUCGAAGGUGUGGAAGGCGAACCACAGAAGCAGCGGUGACGCGGUUGCUCUGAAGCAAAUUGCGGCCACCAAGCUGACGUCACACUUAAGGAAUUGCCUCGACUGCGAGCUGGCCUUCUUGUCCUCCGUUAACCACCCCAACAUAAUCCGCCUCCGACAUUUCUUCAAAUAUCAGGAUUAUGUUAUCCUUGUCAUGGAGUUUUGCGAGGGGGGGAAUUUAGCUUCUUUCAUCCGACACCACGGCAGAGUUCAAGAGUGUCUAGCCAAAAGAUUCAUGCAGCAGCUAGGUAAUGGCAUCCAAGUGUUGAAACAGAAUCAUAUUGUUCACCGUGAUCUCAAGCCUGAGAAUAUACUCUUGUCUGGCUCUGAGUAUGACCCGGUUCUAAAAAUUGCUGAUUUUGGACUAUCAAGGAUACUACUACCUGAUGAUUCUGCACAGACAGUGUGUGGAUCUGUAUUUUACAUGGCUCCAGAAAUUCUACAGUUCCAGAAAUACAAUCACAAGGUCGAUAUGUGGAGUGUUGGUGCAAUUCUUUUCGAACUUCUUAAUGGUUUCCCCCCUUUUCAUGGCAGGAGUAGGGUUCAGCUUCUGCAGAAUAUCAAGAAGUCUACCUCUCUUCCAUUCGCUCCUUUAAUUCUUCAACAGUUGCAUCCUGAUUGUGUUGACUUGUGUUCGCGGUUGCUAUCCAUCAGUCCAGAUGGUCGUCUAUCCUUUGAGGAAUUUUAUCAACACAACUUCUUAAAUCAUUGAAGUUGGAGUCGUUUCCCACUGAUGAAGUACCGUUGUAAUCUACUUCCAUUGCCAUGAUCAUAGCAUGUUCAGCCUCUGAUUGCUUCUUUUAUAAUCACAUUCACUUAUUUCAAGCAUACAAGUAAAAGCUGCACCAGCCUAAAAAGUACCCCGGCUUAUUGAUAUCAAUUAUCAAGAACGCACAUCUGCUAGAGCUACCUGUGACACCUUUUCCAGUUGACCUUUGCGACAUACUGAAGAUACGUUAUGGGCUAAGGUGUCACUGUGAUGAUAAUGAUAAUGCCACCACACGAAGAGGGACGAUGUUGCAUGAAAGUGACUCUCUUGGUGUUUGUACCUGAACAACGGAACCAUGAUUUCUGCUUGUUCACUCCACUGGUGAUAUUAAUCUCAUCUGAGCUCCAAUAUGACCAUAUCAGAAGGUAUCACAGGCUCAGGCUGAGGGCAGCUUGCAACUGGGUUGCUGGAGAACGGAAUGUUAUCAACUCGUCGAGGCCAUGUACUAUUAUUGUCCCUUUUGUAAAAUAUUCAGUUCAUUUGUACCUUCAACAUCCCCAACUAGUAAUAAUUGGAGAUUAGUGAAGAGUCAUGGAUUAAGGCUUCCUGUUUAUCUGCACA